GUUCUGUGUCGUCCUGACAUGGAUUCAUGAAUUAAAACAAAAAACAACCUUUUUUUACCUCUCCCCCUUCCCUUCCAACACCAACAAACUUCACGACCCCAGCGGCGUCAUCAUCCUCUCUCUUUUCUUUCUCUCUCUAGGGUUUCCAUCUCUCAGGCUCACUGGCAAAUACGGGACCGGGAGCGAGCUGGCUAAUCUCCUCUUCUCCUUCGCACGUUAGGGUUCCUUUCCCUCCCUCUUCCUCCGAAGGUCAAGCAAGCCAAGAGUGCAAUAACCAAAAGUACAAGUGUCGCGGCCUUCUUGCUUUUCUUCUCCACUCUGAUCGCGCUUCUGCUCCGCCUCUUCGCUGCUUCCUCUGUUUUCUGCGUCCCCAGCGGGGAAUUGCAGUCAAUUCAAUGGUGAUGAGUCUUUCGCGCAUGAAAUUUUGAUGCUCGGAAAAUGUUUUGUGGUUGAUGGUGAAUGGUUGUAGCUAUGGACUUAAAUGCCUCACCGCUGCCUGAAGACGACGAGGAUAAUUUCGAAAGUCACGUGGAACAAUACAGUGCUCCCGAGGAACGCAUCGAGAGUGGCGCAGAACUUGCACGCAGGGAGCGGGAAGAAAGGAAAAAGCGUAUGAGAACUGAUCGUGGGGAUGACAGACACUCUCAUGCAUUUCGGCAGCCAGAGGAUGAUCAAACUUAUCCACCCAUACCCCAAAAGUCAUAUGAUAAAAGCAAACUCCCUCCUGGAUGGAUGGAGUGUCCAGCUUCUGGUCAAGAGAUAUGUGGAAUGGUUCCAUCUAAAGUUCCGCUGGGUGAAAUGUACUAUGGAUUCAUUCCAGCUGGUAAAAGAUAUUCUUUCAAGCAAGUAAUUCAUCAACAAAGAGUUUCAGGAAGAAAACUUGGUUUGGUGAUUGAUUUGACUAAUACUACUCGUUACUACUCAACCAAUGAGCUUAAAAAGGAUGGCAUCAAGCAUCUUAAGAUUCAAUGCCGAGGCCGGGAUGCUGUACCUGAGAAUGUGGCUGUAAAUCAAUUUGUCUACGAAGUCAUGCAGUUCCUCUCGCAGCAGAAACUUUCAAAGAAGUAUAUUCUUGUUCAUUGCACUCAUGGGCACAAUCGCACAGGGUAUAUGAUAGCUCAUUUCCUAAUGCGUACACAAUCGAUGUCUGUCACUCAGGCAAUAACAAGUUUUGCUAAAGCACGCCCUCCUGGAAUCUACAAACCAGAGUAUAUUGAUGCUUUAUAUGCUUUCUAUCACGAGAAGAAGCCAGAUGAUAUGUUCUGCCCGCCAAUCCCAGAAUGGAAGAGAUCUUCCGAAUUCGAUCUUAAUGGUGAAGCUGUACCUGAUGAUGAUGAUGAUGGCAAUUCAGUUGCUCUUUUGCAUAGCAAUCAAGAAAUGGAAGCCAAGUUGACAAAUGAUGAUGUCUUGGGGGAUGAUAUACCUUUUGACCAACUCAAUGCAUUGCGGCAUACCUGCUAUCAAAUGUUAAAGCUGACUAUGCCAAAAGAAGUACUAAUCUGUUUUCAUUUGAUCUCAGGGAAGAGGAAACCCACAAUUCCCUGGCUCACACCCAGUAUCUUUGAACAGUCAAUCGUGUCCAUAUGUAAAAGUGAACUUGUCUGCUUCGGCCCCCAUCCAUCUUAUGUUGUGGGAACUGUGGGUCAGAUUAAGCUGGAAAAGGAAAAUUUACAGCUAUUAAGGCAGCGUUACUACUAUGCAACUUGGAAAGCUGACGGGACACGAUAUAUGAUGUUAAUCACAAUGGAUGGGUGUUAUUUGGUAGACCGGAGUUUUAAUUUUCGGAGGGUUCAGAUGAGGUUCCCUUGCAAGGUUGGAAGUGAUGUUUCAUACGAUAAGACACAUCAUUUUACCCUACUUGAUGGUGAGAUGGUGAUCGAUACCUUGCCAGACACACAGAAGCAGGAGAGAAGAUACCUUAUCUAUGACUUGAUGGCAAUUAAUCAUGUCUCUGUCGUAGAGCGGCCUUUCAGUGAGCGAUGGAAAAUGAUCGAGAAGGAAGUGCUUGGACCUCGAAAUGCUGAACGUCAUAAUGCCUACCACAGCAGGGAAUUCUACUAUCGAUAUGAGUUGGAACCUUUCAGGGUUAGAAGGAAGGACUUCUGGUUGCUUUCUACAGUUACCAAGCUUUUAAGGGACUUCAUUCCUAAGCUUUCACAUGAAGCAGAUGGGCUAAUUUUUCAGGGAUGGGAUGAUCCGUAUGUGCCAAAGACUCACAAUGGUCUUUUGAAGUGGAAGUACCCAGAAAUGAACUCUGUUGACUUCUUAUUUGAGAUUUAUGCUGAUGGUCGACAGUUACUGUGUUUGUUUGAACGUGGGAAAAAGAAACCAAUGGAUGGGCAAAGAGUUGAAUUCAAAGAUGAUGUUGAUCCCUCUUCUUAUUCUGGGAAGAUCAUCGAGUGUUCCUGGGAUAAACACAAAGAAGUUUGGGAGUGCAUGCGUGUUCGGACAGAUAAAAACGCUCCUAAUGAGAUCAAUACCUACAGGAAGGUGAUGCGAAGCAUAACAGACAACAUAACGGAGGCCGUCUUGUUGGGUGAAAUCAAUGAGAUAAUCCGGCUGCCGAUGUAUGCCGAUAGGAUAAAUAAUGACAGCAAAGCUGCGGCACGGAGAAGGUGAUUGAUUUACUUUGUGGAAUGGAGUGCCUACCUUCCUAUCCGCCCACCCCAUUUGUAAAUUAUCCACAGCUCUCAGAUGUACAACUUUGUAGCGCAGCUUGUGAGAUGUUUAAUUGAUUUGAUGAUCUCCUCUGGGAUGGGUUGUGCUCACUUCCACUCUAGAUGAGAACCCGUGAUAAAAAAGAAAAGAAAUGGAAAAGAUGAGAAGGGGAAAGUUGAGAGUAGUAUGAGGGUUAGGAAUUAGUAGCAAGCAAGUAUCCUUUUUUUUUUCCAUGUUUUCCCUUUUCGUUUUGUAUAUUAAGUUUUAGUUUUCUUCUGGUCCUUCAUGUUAGUGAUUUGUAAGAGUUGCUUAGAAGAUGAGAUGGGCAUAUGAUUAGCCAUCUUCAAGUUAUAGCUUUUAGAAUCGAAAUUUCCUGACAAUGUCUGCGUUAUUUUGAUCUUUCUGUCUCCAUCUUGAUGUGAAUAUCAUUGGUCAUAGAUGCAGGUUGAUAUUUCCUUUCAGCAUUUUGUUUUCGCUUUGGUGUUGUCUGACUUGUGUUCUAGUGGGGUUUUUUCUUCUUCUUCAUUUGCGGCACUUAAUCGACAAGUCCGAUUUUGUUGGAAUUAUAUGUGUUCGCACUGUCA